AUGUCUCGGUGGUUCUUACACUCAAAUCUAUUUUUUUGGUUAUAUACAUUAAGUGCUGUUUUAUUUACAAAUGACACAAUUUGUGAUAAUGGACAAUGUGAUAAUUCAUUACAACUAGCCUUGAUGACCUCAUUUCCACAUACGAAUCGAUUUAACCUUUGUAAAGAUCCACCAACGGAAAUGAACGAUGACGAAAUUAUUAAUUUUAUUGGCAAUUUGUUAUUGAAAAAUUUGCCAAAAUCAAGCAAUGAUACAUUUAAUUAUGUACCUGGUGAAUCACUUCCGUAUUGUUUAUUAGAGGAUGGCGCAUUGGCAAAAUCAUUAGCGGAUGUUGUUUCAAUGAAUUUUACGGAAUUAUGUCCUAAAUCAGAAUGCAUAUAUUAUUUGUCUCCAUUGGAAUUUUUUGUUUAUUGUUGUUGUAAUACUAAUUAUGAACUUUGUGCUUAUACUAGCGAUGAACAAUUACUUUCAUAUGCUAGCAAAAAUGCUUUAACUUGGGCAACUAAUCCUCUGAUACGAUCAUUUCGAGAAGUUCUAAUAUAUGAUAUUAAAACUGAUAUAUUUACGGAAGUUUCGGGUAGACCAUGGACGUAUCGUAAAUUUGUUUAUAGUAAACCAACAGUUGACAAACGCACAGGUAAUGUGACAUCAUCUGCUGAUAAUAUACCUUUACAUCUUUGUGCAUUUGGCACUUUUAAUUUGACUAUAGGUAAUUGGAAAAAUGAAGAUUUUACUAUGAAAAUAGGAAAACGUAAGAUGUUAGCAGAACCACAAAAAUUCUGCUACUACAUGCCAUCGUUACAAUUCACAAAAACCGAUCGAAAGCCACCAACAUCAUUCGAGGUGCGAUAUGGAAGUGAUACUGAAGAAUUAUGCAAAAGAGAGGGAUGUAAUAUUAAAGCGCCAACUUGUUUGCAAGAUUUAAUUUCGAUCGAUCAUGUGAUUGCCACAUUUAGAUGUUGCUGUAAUGCAGGCGAUUUAUGCAAUCAUUUAGGAAAUAAAUAUUUUCAAGAAACUAAACAACUUAUCAGUGCUACACAAAAUUAUGAUAAAACUAUACAACAUGGUUGUAGCCGUAAAAUAUUUCUACCAUUUCAUGAUCCGUUCUGUGAAUUACACAUACCGGUGCUUACCAAUCUUAUUCAGUGUUCCUGUUUUCAGAGUCCAAUUCUGAAACAGCCAUGUGAUGCUGAAUUUGGGACGAAAGUACGCAACGAAGGACCAAAAAUAGCUGUGCCAAUGUGUUUAAAAACAUUUGGAAAUUUAAAUGAACUCUUGGAUAAUACUUAUGAUUUUGGUAUCAUAGGGCCAGCAAAAUAUGAGAAAACAAGAACAAAAAAUUAUCCAUUAUGUUAUGAUAUGAUAGCAAUUGAUUCAUAUAAACAUGGAAUUGAACAUCGGAGUGGACCAUUCGACGAAAUUAUCAGUUAUUUGUAUAAUGUAAGCAAGAGUGUUAAUAUAAUGCGCCGAAUAAUGACAUUUACAGUAUUGGUACCUGGUACCAAUUAUACCACAACACGUUAUUUAUAUACAUGCUAUCAACGAGAAAAUUAUUAUCCAUGCAAUGGGCCUAUGACCAUUCGUAAGCAAUUAUUACCGGAAAUUAUUUGGGAAGAAAGUGCAAAAUAUAGUUCAAAGGAGAGAUCAUUAUGUCAAGUUGAUGGUUAUAGUAAUCGUAUCAAAUGUAAAUCACGCAAAGGAUGUUUCGAUUUUCAUACCGUUCACGGAUUUCGAAUGCGUGGUUGUAUCGAUAAAAUCCCUAAAAUAGUAUCUAUGAUGCCAAAAUUUCGACUACUUUACACUUGCUAUAGUCACGUUUGGAUUACGGGAAAUGAAAAUACACGUUGUAUUGCCGUAAGUGAGAAUGAUUUUAAUUCCACAAUUCCGCUUACGGAUGGAAUUAUUUGUUGCUGUCGUUCAACGUGUAGAAUGUCUGAUAGUAAUUCUUAUAUGGAAAUGCAACAUGGCUAUUAUCCAUUUCAAAUGUGA